GGCCCGAGCGCGAGCCCGAGCGGCAGCCGGCGGCCGCGGGAGCCGCGGGGAGCGCGGGGGCGGCCCGGAGCGCCCGGGGUCCCCGCGCCCCGCUCGCCCGCCGCGCUCCGAAGAUGGUGGCGGCGCCGUGCGCCCGGAGGCUGGCCCGGCGCUCGCACUCGGCGCUGCUCGCGGCGCUCACGGUGCUGCUGCUGCAGACGCUGGUCGUGUGGAAUUUCAGCAGCCUCGACUCUGGGGCCGGGGAGCGCCGCGGGGGCGCAGCGGCCGGCGGCGUGGAGCAACCGCCCCCGGCCCCGCGCCGGGAGCGCCGGGACCUGCCCGCCGGGCCGGCUGCAGCCCGAGGCGGCGGCGGCGGCGGCGGCGGCGGAGGAGGAGGACGGGGGGCCCCGGCGCGGGCGCGGGGAGGCGGCCCCGGAGAACCCCGGGCGCAGCAGCCGGCCAGCCGGGGGGCACUGCCCGCGCGGGCGCUGGACCCUCAUCCAAGUCCUCCGAUCACCCUGGAGACCCAGGAGGGCUACUUUUCUCACCGUCCGAAAGAGAAAGUGCGAACAGACAGCAACAACGAGAACUCAGUCCCCAAAGACUUUGAGAAUGUGGACAACAGCAACUUUGCACCCAGAACUCAAAAGCAAAAGCACCAGCCUGAGUUGGCAAAGAAGGCCCCGAGCAGACAGAAGGAGCUUUUGAAAAGGAAGCUGGAGCAGGAGGAGAAGGGGAAGGGACAUUCGUUCCCAGGCAAAGGCACCAAUGAGGUGAUGCCUCCUGGGGAGAAAGCCACGGUGAACAGUAGCCGUGGGAAGGAUGCCCCAAGACAGCCCCACACCAGGAAAAGCGGGGGCAGCUCCCCCGAGCUCAAGCAAGACCAGCCCCCCAAGUGCGACAUCUCGGGCAAAGAGGCCAUCUCCGCACUGUCCCGCUCCAAGUCCAAACACUGCCGCCAGGAGAUCGGGGAGACCUACUGUCGCCACAAGCUAGGGCUGCUGAUGCCCAAGAAGGUGACACGAUUCUGCCCCCUGGAAGGCAAAGCCAACAAGAAUGUGCAGUGGGACGAGGACUCGGUGGAAUAUAUGCUCGCCAACCCGGUCCGAAUCGCCUUCGUGCUGGUGGUCCACGGCCGCGCCUCUCGACAGCUGCAGCGCAUGUUCAAGGCCAUUUACCACAAAGACCACUUCUACUACAUCCAUGUGGACAAGCGCUCGAAUUACUUGCAUCGGCAAGUGCUGCAGUUCGCCAGACAGUACAGCAAUGUUCGUGUCACGCCCUGGAGGAUGGCCACCAUCUGGGGGGGCGCCAGCCUCCUGUCCACGUACCUGCAGAGCAUGCGGGACCUCCUGGAGAUGACCGACUGGCCCUGGGACUUCUUCAUCAACCUGAGCGCCGCCGACUACCCCAUCAGGACAAAUGACCAGCUGGUGGCAUUUCUCUCCCGGUGAGAUAUGAAUUUCCUGAAGUCACACGGCCGGGACAACCGCAAGGGCGACUCUGUCUUUCCCAGGUUCAUCCGAAAGCAGGGUCUGGACCGGCUCUUCCUGGAGUGUGACGCCCACAUGUGGCGUCUGGGGGACCGGCGAAUCCCAGAGGGCAUUGCUGUGGAUGGAGGCUCCGAUUGGUUCCUGCUGAACCGGAAGUUUGUGGAGUACGUGACCUUCUCCACAGACGAUCUGGUGACCAAGAUGAAGCAGUUUUACUCCUACACCCUGCUUCCUGCUGAGUCCUUCUUCCACACGGUCCUGGAGAACAGCCCCCACUGUGACACGAUGGUGGACAACAACCUGCGCAUCACCAACUGGAACCGGAAGCUGGGCUGCAAGUGCCAGUACAAGCACAUCGUGGACUGGUGCGGCUGUUCGCCCAACGACUUCAAGCCGCAGGACUUCCACCGCUUCCAGCAGACAGCCAGGCCGACCUUCUUUGCCCGAAAAUUUGAAGCCGUGGUGAAUCAGGAAAUCAUCGGGCAGCUGGACUAUUACCUGUACGGGAACUACCCCGCGGGCACCCCAGGCCUCCGCUCCUACUGGGAGAACGUGUACGACGAGCCAGACGGCACCCACAGCCUGAGCGACGUGGCGCUUACCUUGUAUCACGCCUUCGCCCGCCUGGGCCUCCGACGGGCCGAGUCGUCGCUGCACGUGUCGGGGGAGAGCAGCUGCCGGUACUACCCGAUGGGCCACCCAGCGUCCGUCCACCUCUACUUCCUUGCGGACCGCUUCCAGGGCUUUUUGAUCAAGCAUCACGCUACUAAUCUGGCUGUGAGCAAACUGGAGACCCUGGAGACGUGGGUGAUGCCGAAGAAGGUCUUCAAGAUCGCAAGCCCGCCCAGCGACUUUGGGAGGCUCCAGUUUUCCGAGGUCGGCACUGACUGGGAUGCCAAGGAGCGGCUCUUCCGCAACUUUGGGGGUCCUGGGCCCAUGGACGAGCCCGUAGGCAUGCAGAAAUGGGGGAAGGGCCCCAACGUCACCGUGACUGUCAUCUGGGUGGACCCUGUCAACAUCAUCGCAGCCACCUAUGACAUCCUGAUUGAAUCCACUGCCGAGUUCACCCACUACAAGCCCCCUUUGAACUUGCCCCUGAGGCCUGGGGUCUGGACAGUGAAAAUUCUUCACCACUGGGUGCCAGUCGCAGAGACCAAAUUCCUCGUUGCUCCGCUGACCUUCUCCAACAGGCAGCCUAUCAAACCAGAGGAGGCGUUGAAGCUGCACAACGGGCCCCCGCGUAGCGCCUACAUGGAGCAGAGCUUCCAGAGCCUGAACCCCGUCCUCAGCCUGCCCGUCAGUCCGGCCCAGGUGGAGCAGGCCCGGCGGAACGCGGCCUCCACGGGCGCAGGACUGGAGCGCUGGCUGGACUCGCUGGUGGGGGGCAUGUGGACUGCCAUGGACAUCUGUGCCGCGGGCCCCACAGCCUGCCCUGUCAUGCAGACCUGCAGCCAGACCGCCUGGAGCUCCUUCAGCCCCGACCCCAAGUCCGAGCUGGGAGCUGUCAAACCCGAUGGCCGGCUCAGGUAGCACCGGGCGCGUGCGGGCCCCAGCGGAUGUCCGAGGGAAAGUAGCCUGAGGGCUGGUGGCGCCCGGACCCUGGCCCCCUGCUGCCAGGGUGCCUUUUGUGAGAGGGGCUCCCCCGGCUACAGAACGAUGGACAGGAAGGUGCGGAGGUCAAGGCAGCUCCUGCCAACAACCUGCCCCCUCCCCCCCGGCUCUGGGGGGCGAGGCGUGCGCAGUCCCGGGGCCAUGGUGGUCUUACCUCUUCUGGUUGGCCCUCGAAGCCUCCAGGUUCCUUGUCCUCCCCCACAGUGAGGCAGUCCCCCCAGUCAAGUGAUUCUCCAACUUUUCUUUUGAGCAGAAUUCUGUUUACGAAGCGCAGUUGGAGGUACAAGUUCAAGGUGUGGUUGACAUCCGGGCUGCUGGGGAGGGUGAGGUUCUUUGUCAAAGCUCAGCCUUUGCCCACGGCGCCUCCUGAGGCUCCUCCCGAACCCAAGGGCUCCACAGAACCCCCUGUGAAGAGCACUGCCCAGACCCUGGGCAUGACCUCCAGCCCUGCCCUGAGGCUCAUCUUCCCGCCCCUGGAGGGGAAGGGCACUGGAUGAGCCUUCCACCAGCCCUUCUCUGGCGAGUCGGCCUCCUUACUAGCUAGAUGAGCAGGAGAGCUUUUUGAUGGGACGUGGCCGAGGUUCCCCACUGUCUGCGUUCCAGGCCAGCCUCGCUCCCAGACUGCCCCACGAGGCUACAGAAAGGCUAUGAGGCUCAGGUAUGCGAGCAUCUGUGCAGGGGCUGGGAGACCAAGACCCUGACCUCGUGGGUCUUGGACAAGGAGAACUCUGGGGCCUGUGGCCAUGAAACUCAGAUGGUUGGGACCCAACUCCUGAGCCGGAUAGCCUAGCAAUACCCGUCCCAGCCUGAGGCCUUCCACACGGAGGUGAAGCCCACCCAACCUUGGGAAUGCCCCCCCACACCCUCAUUCUGGGGCGGGGGUUGGGGAGGGACCAGGCUUCUCGCCUCUAGGACAGGCAUUUCAGAUUUGGUGUUCAAAUUCACGCCCUUCUCAGAGGUGCCAGUGGGCCCCUCUGCUGAGCAGCGGGAAAGCUAGAAGCUUGAGCGUCCGAUCGGCUCAAACCUCAACAACAGCGUUCUUCCAAGUGCUUGAGUUGCCAGAUCCCUGCACCGUGACCUUGCUGUGUGCCUCGGAGGGCCAGCCCCGCUCCGCUGGAGAACCCAGCCUAAGGCCCCUUCCUUCUCCGAUUCCAGCCCCCACUCCCCCCAGGAGAGGCUUUCCUUGGCCAAGGCCGACCCCAGCUUCCAACUGUCCUGCCCCGGGGAGCCCAUCCUCGUGUUCCCGGGCAGCGUGGGUGUGAAGGUACCGCAGCACCCCCGACCCCCACCCUGCCCUGCCCGGCCACAUGUUCUGUGGGCCACGGAGGGGCCGGAGGAGGGACACUUUCAGUAUUUAUUAUUUAUGUUUUAGUCAAUGACUAAUGAGUAGGUGCUGCUUUUGCAGCUGGUCAGUUAUGUCUCUUACUAACUGAAGCUGCCUUCAUUCACGAAAGGCCCCCCCCUUCCCCACCCUCCCUGCCUCCCUCUCCGUCCCCAGUGUGUCUCUCUCCUGUCUGCUCUGCAUUCUUCAUGCCCUCAGAGAAAAGCCGGGGUGUCGGACAUCACGAGGAGAACGCUUGCACCAGCAUCUGCUGGCCGAAAGCGGGGUCCCCCUGGGGACCCUGGAGCCUCAGCAGGUCCUCCGGUCCUGGGGGGGUUGGAAUUCCUGAGCCAUUCCCGCUGCAGAGCCUACCUCCGAGCCUGGGAGGCAGAGAGAGCCACUGCAGCAGGAGGGGGCGUGGUCAGAUGAGCCCAGAGCUACCCAUGUCACAGGGGCUCCGGAGACCUCAGGGGCGCUUGCUGAGAAAGGGCGGAUUGUCGCUCAAUGAACGUGCAGACUCUAGGUGCCCAGAAGCCUGGGCCGCCGCCACCUUCUGCCCCAGCCCACCCAGGGAGCCUUCCUCGUCACCCUCCUCGCCAGGAGUCCCGUGGUUUCCACGGUAUCCUGUGCAGGGCUCAGGCCUGGGUCCGGUGUCCCUGCAGACCUCUCCCUGGGGCCCACCUGCACCCACCGACGUGGCUCACCCCCAGAACCAGCAGAGAAGGUCUACUCUGGGCACGAUCCCCACCCGCCCCCUGCUCACGGCAAGGAAGUCAGCCAGUCCUACCCAGUGUUUCUUUAAAGACUUCUGUUUUCUGACCAGGGUAUAACUUUGCUAUUAAAAAAAAAAGAAUUCCAAACAAAGGCCAGGAGGAUUGGCGAGAAGGUGAGGUUUUCCCCGGGGACACAUUAACAGCUACACUGUAUCUGCCUGAGAGGGAGGGAGUCCUGAAAGGCCGCUGGGUCAGGCAGCCGGGAGCUCGGGCUAUUGGACCCUAGCACAGGAGACAAACCCUAGUGACGGCCUGAAGUCCUGCCCUGGCUCACCGGCUGGGCGCCUGGGGGCAGCCUGGGUAGAAGGAAGCAUUCAGGAGGCUGUAGCACCCCCUGUGAUGUCCCAGCCAACCUGUCCAGGGACGCUCGGGUGGCAGCCUGUCUGCCUGAGUCAGCAGUCUCCCUCGAGGACACGAGCAGUGCCCAGACCCCAUGUUUAAGAAGGAGGCCCUUUCCUCGCUUUGGAAAAAGACCUUUCUGGUCAGAUCACGAGUCCUCCCAGCUUCAUUUCCCCUUGCUAGUUUAACUUCUCAGAGGCCAGUGCACUCAGGACGAUCAAGACCCCACAAGACCCCACAAAGCGACUGCAGCUCCUGAGCACAUCCUCGGUUGGGCGGACAGGCUGCCUCCUGGCUCCCGGUUUACAGGUACAAGGGCGACACGGGCUGGAACCUCCAUCUCUUUGCCAGGGAGGUGCCCAGUAGAGACAAGGAGCUGCGGGAGGUAGGGCUUUACUCAAGACGGCCUACACAGCCAAGCCCACCGGGGACUCAGGACACAAGCACUCGAGGGGGGCGGGCGUACUAGGCACAGCUGUUGGCCAGGCCCUGCCAGGUCAAAGCCACACUCUAGGGUAGGGGUAGCCAACACUAAUAUGCUUGGCGUGAGACAGGAGGGAGUGGUGGGGUGCACGGCCCAUCCAAAGACAGCAUCUCGGCUGUCCGUGAGCCUGCAGACUCUUCCCAUUUGGUAAAGGAAGCCAGAGAUCCAGAUUUCCGUAGGAAAUUUGACUAUUAAGUGGCAGCAGUGGGUUUUUUUGGUUCUGAGUGUGGGCCAAGAGCAAUUCCACAGUUCAUCCAUCCUGUGCAUGGCCAGCCACCCCUGCUCGCAGGAGAUGGUUUACCAAGAGAUCAUGCCCUGAUGGAGGAAAUGAGCCGCCAGUAGGAAGAGGCAAAAAUUCUAGCUCUUUUCGCGGAUCCUGCGGAAGGGAGAACAGGAGCCUCUUACCUGUCAUUCCACCCGGGAGAGACGGUCCGCGGAGAGGUGUCCCAGGAGAACUGGCUUGGGAAGGGGUCCUGGUCCCAAGAUGGUGCUUAAAAAAAAGAAGAAAAAGAAUUUGGAGACACGUCCUAAGGAAGCCCACACCUUCCAGAAUUCCCGCCCGCCCAGGGGGAGGUGAGGAGGACAGUCAGGGAAGGAGGGGUGUAUCCAACAGCCCCGCCUCGCUCCAAGUCCCAGGUCCGAGCAGCCAUCUUGGCACCCAUUUGGGACGCCGUGUCCGAGCUGUGCUGGCCCCCGGACGCCCUCCUCGGCUCGGGCACCUUACUCUGCCCAUGGGUCUCACACAGGCGCUACCUCAUCGUGUCUGCUGAGAAGUUUACCGGGGGUGGGGGGCUAAUUAUGUGUCCCAAACGUGCUGGGUUGAACAUGCAAUCUAUGCAAAUUUCUCUCCCUCUGUUUCCCUCUCUGUGACGGUUUCUCUCUCUUUCUGAAGUUUGGUUCUUUUUCUGUUUCGGGUGACCCGGCCACCAGAUACUGUACAGACCCCGCUUAGGACCAGGGAGGGCUUUCAUGCGCCACCUGUGUCUGCCCCUCACACUGUCUUUGGUUCUGUCCUCCCCAAGCCCCACGCAGGGAACAUGCCGCCCUCCCCGCCCCACCCCUCCCUCCUGCCAGGAACACCGCCCCCGCCCCGCAGCCCCCAGGAGAGCAGGUUCUGCCACCCCACGCGCCCCACCUCUGCAACAUCCUUCAUUUCACUCCCACCUGCUUCGUCUCCCCUGCUCCCCGCCCACCCCCAAAAGCCUUAGGUUUCUCCUUUUUGAAAUGUGGCCUUAACAUUAUUUUUGGAAAGCUGACUGCCCUCUCCCUCCGACCUCCACCAACAUGCUGGAAGCGAGCAUCCUGGCGCUCUCACGGCAGCCGCCUCCGCCAGGGGCUGCCCCUCUGCAGGCUGCAGACGCUACAGAAAUGGCUUCUACGUGUCGUCUUAAAAAAAAAAAAACACCCUCCUGUCGUUCCUCUGGGUAAAACAAAGGCUGGGGCGUUCCCGCCGGGCCAGCGGGCUGGCGUCUGCCAGCUGGUGCAGCAUGCUGUCGCUGUCGAGCACACGCCGAGGCCCCAGGUGGCUUCCGUCCCCCCUGGGGGUGAGCACCUGCACUCCUGUCCCCCCGCCCCCUGAGGCUUGGGGACUUGAGGGACUUCGUCCAGGGGUAAAUCAGGAGAGUUUCUCUAUUUCCCUCUCCGUCCUUCCUGCCUGGAAAGGGGGAGCGUUCCAUAUUCCCAGCGGAUGGGUCCUGUUCUCAGAGGGAUCACACUCCCGAGGUCCGUCGCUCCAGGUCCCGUCGGAGGCCAAAGACAACCCCCCAGGGUUGCCGCAGGAAAUUCACUGGAAUUGAGCGCAACCGUCCUUAGAGUCCUUUCUCCGUCGUCUUUUUUGUUUUUAAUAUUAUGUUGUCAGUAGUGUCCGUUUUGGGUAUUUUUAGAGGCCUCACGAUAAGUUAUUACUGUCCCCCCAUUUUUUUUCAAAGACAUGUGGUGAUAAUAGUUUUUAAAAAUAACUAUUUUGUUAUAGAUCAUGAUAUGCAUAAAACUGUACAGAACUAUUUUGUAAUGUAUUGAUUUAAAAAAAAUCUGUAAAUAAAGUUUAAAAAAAAGAAUUCCAAUGGCACACACUGGAAGAUGUAGAUAUUUGCUAUUUAUUCAAAGGAGUAUUUAAAAGAGAUUGAACUAUCUGAAAUUGACCAGUCAUCAAGUUUCGGACCGUCAAACGCUUUCCCUCGAGGCAGCCCGUGUCUCUCGGAAGCGAUUGCACUAGCCGCUCAUUUUUUGCACCUUUUCUGUAUCUUCAUUUAGCAGAAAAACAACAAAAUUGUGCCUUAGCUGUAUUUUUUUUGUCUAGGGGAGUUUGUCUGACAAAGCAAAAUUUUUUGCAGAAACCAGUGGAUGUAUUAAAUCCUGUAUCAUACCAACACUGCAGGUGUAUAGCGAUGCUUUCUGUCAUACUGUGUUUUCAGAUGCAGAAUUUUAAAAUUAAAAAAAAAAAAUACUGUCUUUAUGGAA